UCCCGUCCCCCCGCGGCCACACGCCCUCCCCUCCCCUUCUCUCUCCCACGAGAUACCGUUUCGUUUGAAUUCCGUGCGCGAAUUUACGAAACUGCCCCGGGCGGGACCCACGCCGCCCACGCUCCCUUUGUCUCCGGCUCCACCGCUUCCCUUUUCUCUUUCCCUCAUUUUAUUUAGCUGCCCCCCACCGAUCGCCGUCGUGCGAUUCCGUCCCCUUGCGUGGCGGUGGGGCGCAUCCGGGCCGUCGAGCUGUCGAUCCGCGCGGCGAUGCAGGCGCCACGUGGCGGAGGUGGCUUCCUCGGGAAGCGGAAGGAGCGCGAGUACUACCCGCCAUACCCCUCGGCCUCGUCGUCGGAGCAGGCGGUGCUGCUCCAGCGGCCGCCGCAGCCGUUCGCUAGGCCCGACCCGCGCGCCGGCAGGCCGGAUCGCGCCGCGGCGGCGAGGCUUGGCGCCAGGCCGCCGCUCCCUCACCCGGGUGCUGCGGGGCCCCAGGCCGCCGGCGGCAACAAGCUGCUGGCCGGGUACCUGGCGCACGAGUUCCUGCGGCGCGGCACGCUCCUCGGCGAGCGGAGGCUGGAGCCGCCGGGGCCGGGCCGGAAGGAGAAGGAGCCCGCCCUCGCCGUCCCCGCGCCCGAGCCGAGCAGGCGCUACGCGGAGGUUUCGCGGCUGCUCAUGGCGGGCGGGGCCCGCAUCCCCGGCGUCGUCAACCCCUCGCAGCUCGGCCGCUGGCUCCGGAUUAAGGAGUGAUCGGCCGGCCAUGCCGUGAGGCCUCAGGGGGAACGCGCGGCGGCGCGGCAUUGCCUGCUGGCUCGCCUCCGGCGGCCGAUCAACCCGAAGAACAGCGGAUGCUUGUGGACACAGCAAGUGGGUUUGUCCUGUCCUUUUCCCUUCGCAUUUCUCGUGUGGUAAUUAGCGAAUCAUUUCCCCUUGUCAAAAAUCUUAGUGUAGUUGUCGGAUGAGAAAAUGGAAGAACUGCUGCUACUAGCUUUUGCCGCUUCCAUUACUCUGGAAAUCCUCUGCACCGGCAAAAAAAAAAAGCUGUGAUGAUUUGCCUAGAUAAAUCAACCGUCGGUGUAAAAAAAUGAUAUGCUAUGGAAGUAGCUUGUGGAGUACACUAAUGUUUCUAUUACGACCAGUGUAUAAUUUGGUUGGUGCCA